AUGGACGCCUCGUCGGACGUCGCGUUUGGUCCGCUCGGCUUCUUUUCGAGGUCGGGCAACCAGGCGCUGCGCGUCAACCCGCCCAACGCCGACAUCGCCCUGACCAGGUGGGGCAGCGACUGGCUGUGGGCCGUCUUUUCCAUCAUGGCCGCCACCACGAUUGGCGUGCUGGCCUGGUCGACGGUCGAGGCGCGCAGGCACCGCGCCUUCCACUACCUCUUUGCCGCGGUGCUCGCCACGGCCUCGGUCGCCUACUUUUCCAUGGCCUCGGACCUCGGCGCCACGCCCAUCACCGUCGAGUUUCUCCACGGCGCCGGCACCGGCUCGGGCGUCGCCGGCCGGCCCACGCGCCAGAUCUGGUAUGCCCGCUACAUCGACUGGACCAUCACCACGCCCCUCCUCCUCCUCAGCCUCCUCCUCAUCACCCCCAUGCCCCUCUCGAGCAUCUGGGUCGUCCUCUUCUUUGACGUCCUCAUGGUCGUCUGCGGCCUCGUCGGCGCGCUCGUCCGCACCUCGUACAAGUGGGGCUACUUUACGCUCGCGUGCGCCGCCCUCUUCUACGUCCUCUACUCGCUCUUUGGGCCCGGCGUACGAGGCGCAGGCCAGUACGGCAGCGCGUUCAGGAACGCCUACGUCGCCGGCAUCUCGUACCUCGGCUUCCUCUUCCUGCUCUACCCCAUUAGCUGGGGCCUGUCCGAGGGCGGCAACGUCAUCGGCGUCAGCUCCGAGAUGGUCUUCUUUGGCGUGCUCGACCUCUUGACCAAGCCGGCCUUUUGCCUCUUUUUCCUGGCCAUGCUGAGCAGGUGCGACUACGACGCCCUCGACCUGCGCUCCGGCAAGGGCUCCGAGGUCUAUGGCGGCGAGGCCGGCAGGGAGGCCAUGGGCGUCGGCGAGCCCCGUCACACGGUCAGCGCCCCGCCUGGCCACGUGGAAAAGGUCGGCGAGACGGGCCCGGGCAUCCAUGCCGUCCCUCCCCCCAUCGACACCAGCCGACCGGCUCAGUGA